AUGUCUCAACAAGAAGGGCCUUCCCGGAGCUAUUCACCCAUAUCACCUGAUUUAUCUGCAGCUUUGCCUGAUGAUCUGGGCGUCCAGCUAUUGAAAGCCCCCUUUAAACGGACCUUGGACCAUGUCGAAGCACAGCAAAAGUCGAUGAAGCGUUCCAGAGCACAAGUUUCGCCAACAAUGAGUCCAGGUAUCAGCAACGAAGGCCUCGACGCCAAUGGAGAUCACCUUGCAGCCAGUGGUCUGCCUCCCGAGGUUGUGACCAUUGUUGGCGCAGGCCCUGCUGGUCUGAUGCUAGGGUACGGCCCGCUUACAUGUCUACUCGCAGCACGUGAUAUUGACACAUACAGUUCGAAUUUGUCGAUGUAUGGCAUAAAGGCAAAGAUUAUCGACGACAGGGACGACAAGACGAGCACAGGUCGUGCCGAUGGAUUACAGCCAAAAACAAUUGAGACAUUCAGACAAUUACGGCUCGCCGAUUCACUGCUUCGCAAAGGCGUCAGGAUCUAUGACAUAUGUUUUUGGAGCUCUACCAUGACAACACCGCUGCAUCGCACUGGCAGAGAAAUUCACUAUCCUUCGCAGGUCGAUGUAAAAGAUCCGUUCAUACUCCUGGUUCACCAAGGAAUGGUCGAAGACAUCUUCAUUGAUGACAUGAAGCAACGUGGUGUGGAAGUUACGAGGAGCUCCCCUUUCCUGAAGUACACUUCCAGCAGUCCUGGUGCGCCUAUUGAUGUCAUUUUUGAAAACAAAAAUGCCAAAUCAGUGGAAUCUUUUCAGACCAGAUACUUAGUGGGCUGUGAUGGAGCUCACUCCAAUGUCCGCAAAAGUAUUCCUGGUGCCCACAUGGAAGGUGAAAAUAGUAAUUCGAAAUGGGGUGUCUUGGAUGUAGGUGUGAUUGAAACGGAUUUUCCGGAUCUCUGGAGCAAAGUUGUAAUCCACUCGGAAACAUCUGGCACAGUGUUGUGCAUUCCCCGGGAACGAAACAUGACAAGACUUUAUAUUGAACUUGACCGUUCUUUGCAAGAUAGUGUACCUGUGGAGGCUACCCAAGACUAUGUUAUGAAGAAAGCACAGCAGAUCAUGGCUCCCUACACGUUAAGGUGGACAAGCGUUGAAUGGUUCAGCGUCUACAAAGUUGGCCAAAGGGUCGCCAGCACAUUCACCGACUCAACUGAACGAGUUUUCAUUACUGGAGAUGCAGGCCAUACUCACUCACCUAAGGCUGCACAAGGGAUGAAUACAUCCAUGCAUGACACAUUCAACUUAUCUUGGAAGCUGAAUCUCGCCAUCAGGGGCUUAGCAAAACCGUCACUACUAGUUACGUACCAGCAGGAGCGCCGAAAGAUUGCGCAAGACUUGAUAAAUUUCGACUUUGAACACGCCGCUGCGUUUGCGGACGGGGAUUCUAAAGCCCUUGCCCAGAACUUUGCCACAAACGUCGGCUUCAUUUCUGGUGUCGGCGCCCACUAUGCCUCGAAUGUACUAACAAUUCCAGAGCAAGCUCCACGAGGGACCCUUCGAGCAGGUGAGCUCAUGGUGCCGGCCACUGUGACCCGAUAUAUAGAUGCCAAUCCGGUAGAUAUUCAACUCGAUAUUCCUAUGCUUGGCCAGUUCAGGAUCUACUUCUUCGUACCUGACAUUCAUCUUGCAUCAGGCUUCCUACAUGCAGUCUCUAGCCAUGUCAUGUCCACGGAUUCAAUCUUAGGUCGUGCUACCAUAGCAGCUGCAAAGUCUUACGCUGUGAUGAAUUUGCCGACUGUUGAAGCCGACAUUUUCAUGCAACCAAGUCGAUAUACCGGUGCGUCUCGACUUUUCACUUUUGCAACUGUGACCACUAUGGCCAAAUCAGAAGUUGAGAUAUCAGACUUGUCGCCAUUGUUGCAGAAAAGCAGAUGGACAUUCUACUUGGACGACACUAAGACCUCCAGCUCCGGUAUGAGCUGCACAGAGAAAUGGCUAGGACCCAUGAGGGAUGACGAGGUUGCGAUUUUGAACAUCAGGCCUGAUGGUUACGUUGGUAGUCUCAAGCGCUUUAACCCUCAAACUGACAGUUCUAUGGCUUGCGAGUGGUUAAAUACUUAUUAUGGUGGUUUUUUGAAUUAA